UCUUGCCCACCCUCCAUCUUCCACCCCCGUCGGCUUCGUCUGCUAAAGCGCAGUGGCGGAACGGACCCCAGCUUGGGGCUGAAAACGAAGGGUUUCUUUCGGUGGGAUUACUUAGGCCGGUGGAGCAAGUUACCCGAAUGCGAGAACCAUGAGGCCCCUCGUGGGAUCGCCUUGAACACUAAUGUAUGACGGCAGACCGGGGGGUGUAGGGUGUAGGGGCCCCUGUAUUGAUGCGUUUGUUUAAGCCUCACGACAGCUUUGCUCUGUCUCCAACCCGCAGCCUGCAUACGUACGCUACGUAACCCUCGAGCGCUCCCUUGACAAGAGUGCUCGGGAGUGGAUUCAAUCCCGUUACGAAAUGUUCCAUCGCGUCGGCUGACGGGCCCCGUCCUUGAGGCGUACGACUAUCAUUAGGGUGUAUAAAGGGUUUGGCGAUGGCCUCCUCUCCGGGGGUCCCGUUCUCAUUACCCUAGACGCGAUCUAUAACAAUAAGUACCCCGACGAUAUUAUACAUAGACAGACGCCCUGCUAUCGUUCCAUCGAGUCGGUAUCGGUGUCGCUGUUUCUUUUAGACGCCCUCGCCAUGCCUCCCAAGGCUAGCAGUGGUAGUUCGACCUCCUUCGGUCCGCUGACGAAGAGUAUCCGACGGCUCUACCGACUGAUCGGCUUCUCGAAGACGUACAACUUGUGGCUGUGGCUCGUUUUGGGCGGCGGGCUCUUCACAUUCAGCGCGGCGAGGCUGCCCAACGUCCACUUCGGCAAUCUCUGCGGCUCGGUGCGGGAGGGUGGCGUUGACGGCGUCGCGCCCGGCGAGUGCUUCUACUAUCUGCAGCCGGGGCGCUACCAGAUUGGUAUCGUGCUGCACCUCGCCUGCAUCCUGCCCGCAGGCCUGCUCGCCUGUCUGCAGUUCGUCCCAGGGCUGCGGCGACGCGCGCCGCGCUUCCACCGCAUCAGCGGCUACGCCAUCGCUGUGCUGUCAACCCUCGGCUCCGCUGGCUCCGCCAUGAUCGUCCGCCGCUCGAUGGGCGGCACCCUCGACACUCAGGCGCUGCUCGGCGUGCUCACCACCGCCUUUCUCGUGUCGCUCUACUUCGGCUAUGUUACGGGCAUGCGCAUGCAGAUCGACGAGCACCGUACCUGGAUGUUACGCGCCUGGGUCUACUCGGGCUCCAUCCUCACUUUGAGGAUCGUUUUGGUCUUCGCCGUGAUAUCCAUAUCGCUGACCGGGGGCUACUACUCGGCCUUGCCGUGCGGCAAGAUCAACUUCAUAAAGAAGAGCGAGAACGCGACCCUGGCGUCGUAUCCGGAAUGCGCCGCCUUCUUUUCUGGCGAGAAGCCCGAGCUGCAUGCCGUGGUGGAGGCGACCGUCUUUAACCGCGACGCCGUCCAGAUGGCCGCCGCGAUCAACCAAAGCUUCGGCAUGUCAGGAUGGGUGGCUCUGGCUCUGCACGUCGUCUGUUUGGAGUUCUAUUUACGCUAUACGUCAGACGAGGGGGAGCGUCUCCGAAAGAUGUAUUACCCACGGAGAGUCGCACUCGGCCUUGAGAAGCCGUUGAAGGCUAGCACGAGUGACGGUCUUGUGAACGAGAAAGCUAUUGCUAAUGGGGACAGCACGAAGAAAUUGGAGUAAUCUUGCCGAGUCUAGGAGUUUGGUUUUGCAUGGAGACAGAUUGGUACGGGGAACGAAAAGUUGUUCAUCUACGAUAAGGCCUUGGAACAGUAUGAUGGGUUCUCAUAAGGACGGGCAUUUUUACGGAGUAUUGGGUAUGGGAUU